AUGGACCGCGGAGCACGGGCGCUUGCCAUGUCCUUGCUGCCAGACCUGGUCCAGUCUUUGCAAAACAGUCUCCCGCAACACGAGGACUGCUUGCUGCGAGACCGCAAGAUGUUUGUGGAGGGACCGCUGGACCUGAUCCUCGCCUGGCUCCGACUGCUCUUGAAGGUACUCACACAAGACCGCCAGAAAAUUCGGCAAGAUAUCUCUGUUCUGACCAGUCUGCUGUGGUCGCUGGCGCACAACGUGCUCUUCGAACCCGCCGGUUCAGCGCCGGUGCUGCAAGAAACGCCAGAUCAUCUUUUUGUGCAGGGUUAUCCUUUCCACAGUGUUCUGGAGAACAUCGAGCAGUGCGCAAGAGAGAGACAUGACAUGUGGCGAAUGACGCAGCAAGUGUCGGAAGGCAUCCUCCAGGUUGCAAGACACAAGGCGAUAUUGGAACCCGGCAAGAGCUUGGAGCAGCUGUGGCGAACCGUGGAGUCAGCCAGCCAGGACGUUCUCGCAGUUUUGCGCUUGAAACACAUGAUUGAUAGUUCUUGGGAGCUGCUGUUUUGA